CACAAGUAACUUUUUUGGUGGGGGAAAACUCAAAUGGUCUUUAAUACGGAUGCAUAACUACUAAAAAGAGAUUUUUAUUUAAAUUAUUGUGCUGUAUGGCCUAAAGGAGUAGCUGUCUCAUUAUGGUGCCACAGUAACCGAACCAUUCUACUAUUGUAAAGGUGGAAAAUACUUUUUCAUGCUGGAUGACUAUACACACAGAGAAACUGCUGCUCACUUACUUCAAAUAUAGGAUUAAGAAUCACAAGAUCGGACAAGAUGUCUACAGACUGCUACUAAACAGGGCAUCGGAUAGGAUACAUUCAGCAGUUUGAAGCAGAUCUUGUGCAGCUCUACCAACAGGUACAGAAGAAGAGGGAAGCAGUGACUUCCACCCUGAAGCAAGACAAAUCCAAACCCCACCCAAAUCUGCAGGUCACAGAGGCUUAAAAUACAUCCAUCCCAGUGGUUUGAGGUCCCACCCCCGAAAGAAAAGAUUACUGGUGACAAAAUAAAUGGAGAGAAAAAAGAAUAUCCUUUUUCCAUUUGUCCUUCUUUUGUUUCAAGUCCACUCCAUGAGAAGUGAAGACUGCCCCAUCAUUCCAGAUAAGAAUCCAUCUUGCUACAAUGACUUCAACAAUAGUAUCAGUUGUUUUUGGAACAGCACACUUAUGUCUGAUCAUAUGGGCAUGGUUUGCAAAAUAUACUCCAAAAGUGGGUCUGUUAAAAGUCGCAGAACGAAAUACAAUGCUUCCUGUACCCUGAAGCCAGUUGAUGCCUCAAAACCAGCCAUACAAAACUGCUCCCUGAUAUUUGACAACACAUACAUUUUUUUUUCCCGUACUGUAUUGUCCUUGAAUCUGAGUUGUAACCAUCUGAAAGACAGUCAGAUCUGGUCCUACAAGCCUGGGUGUCACAUAAAGCUGAAUCCCCCAGCAAAACCAAAUGUGAACUUCACCACUGUGUCCUGGUCCAACCAACUUACAUACAUGAGAAUCGAAAAUUGCAAAUCACAGCUGCAGUGGAAAAAAAUGGAUCAGUCUUGGAAUGAUCCCUCUGUGCAGGGACGUAUCAUACCGCAAAAAUGUAAGCAGGACUAUGAGGCGCAACUGGACUCUGAUUUGCUGGUACAGGGAGAGAAGUACGAGGCACGUGUUCGUGUUCGUGUCCUGGAGAAUGACUCUUCACUUCAUGGAACCUGGAGUGAAUGGAGCCCAACUGAAUCAUGGGUAUCAAGUGUUGGAAGACCUAAGCCCCAAUCAGAAACUGCUGUGAAUAUUUUGAACAUGACUGCAAUAGGCCUGGCACUGUUUGGCUUGCUUAUGAUUGUCGUAUUCCUCAAGACUGACAAAACCACCUGGAUUUACAUUGGGAAGAAGAUCACAGGUUCACCCCUACCAAAUCCAGGAAAGGCUGCAAUUCUACAGACUUGGUUGAGUCCAAACUUCACCUAUGAAUCCUUGAGUUUCUUCUUUAAACCACUAGAGGUAAUUGAUACUGUGGAUGCUGUUAAACCCCGCAGACCAGAUGUGAAAAUGGGGACAGAAAACGACAAUUUAGAGUCAACCAACUCCAGCUUCUCCAACCCAAGUUACUCUGACCUUUGCACUCCUCCUGUGUCUUCAUUCUCUCCUGGAAGUCUGGAGCCCUGUACCACUGAUAGUCCCUAUGGGCCUGUUUGUGUCCAAGGAGAAGGAAAACACACACAAGAAUAUGGUGAUGUAGUGGCAGAGAAAAAGAUCCUUGAUUUGAUUUUCAAAGGUAACAUCAACAGUAAGUCAGCACUGGUGAUUUCAGACUAUGAGAGGGUUGAGAAACUUCAGCUGGAGCGUCUCAGGCUGCAGAGCAUAGAUUCAGGGAUGUGCAAUCAUGAAGAGGUCAGUCAGGAGAGCAUGGAGGCAGAUAGCAUCAAUGUGAGUGAUGGCCAUGAUGAAGGGACUCAGGAAAAGGUAAAGGAGGGACAACAUGCAAGUAAAUUAGAUUUUCAGAAUCUGUUUAGUAGCAUUGAAGGCAUUUCGGGAAAACAGUUUAUUCAGGUUUGUUCUGAUUAUGAACAAGCCCCAAAGCUGCAGGUGGAAAGCUCUGAGCUUCCCAGCCUGGAGUCAGGUGUUGGUAGUGGAGGUGAAGAGCAUGAGAGUCAAGAGGAGAACAUGGAGGAAAAUCCCACUGAAACUACUCACCUCCUGUUCGCUCCUGAUUCUUCCAAUGCUGUACCAUGCUCCCAUCUCUUCUCUGGGUCAGGUCUGAAGCCAGAUUUACAUCCUCCCCUGAGUCAUGGCAUGUUUGAGAAGCUUGCUCUGAUGUCAGAGAGCAGGUUAACAGAGUCCUAUGAUGAUAGUUAUAUACCAGUGAGACAGGAACAGAAGUGAGAGCAGACAGAGGGUCUGUACUGCAGUACCUCAAGUGGUGUGUUGUAUUUACAGUUAAAAUCUUGUCAAUGUUACUUAGGUAAACAUAGAUAAGAUUGGGAAUAUUCUGUGCCUGAUGCUGACAAAUUUAUACUCAAUUUUAUCUCAUCAAGGCUUGAUUAUUGACAUGUCAUUUUUGCUGAUUGUCAAAAUGCUUUAUAUAGAGUUCCUCAGUGGAUCAGAGCUCUGCAGCUGGAGUUCUGACCAUUACAGCCAAAAUUGAUUUUUUAAAUUUUAGCUCCCUCCACAGGAUCCCUGUUAAAGCCCUGAAUGGCUCACUCCCAUUUUAAAUAAAUAAGAAAAAAAAUCUUAUUGCAUCAUAUCAACCACAGCAACAUCUCUGCUGCCAGAGUGCUGGUUUUCUUGUGGUUCCUAGAAUUUCAGAGACCAUAAUUUUAGGCAGAACUUUUAGUUUUCAGGCUCCUCACAGCUGCUGGUUUGUGUGCAGGACCCAGAAACUGUCAGGUUUAAGAUCAAGGCUUAACACCUUUCUAUUUGAGAUUAUUUUGAUAAAUUAAUUUAUUUUGUCACUAUUUUGAUACAUGUUGUUUUAUUAUAAAUUUUUGCUUUUGCCACUAUAUUGUCAUAUAGUGUAUAUUGUAUAUGUGUAUGUUAUCAUUAUGUGGAACGUGUUUUAUAUUACUGUCAACUUUUUCAUUUUUAUUGAAAUAUUUAUUUUAUUUUAUUUCAAUUAUUUAAUGGUGUCCUUUCAUAUUCUUGUUUGUUCUGUAAAACAUUUUGGGCUGCUCAUAUGAGCUAUAUUGAUAAAGAUGAGUUGAGUAUAAUACAAUGUGAAACAUGGACAGGAUUCAUCACAGUGAGACAUUCAGAUGUCAUAUGAAUUGAUCGUCUACUCUUGAGGCUGCACUUAUAUACAUUCAGUUUCAUUUAAUAGAUUGAGGCAGGUUUUCAGAUUGAUGUCAAGUAACUUACUCUCAGUAUUGUUUCAGUGGUCAGUUUAUAAAAAAAAAAAAAAGAGAGAGAGAGAGAGAGAAAAA